GAGCUCAAUGUGUUAGAUCUCAGUCGCACGGACGUCCUGGGCCUGCUGUUGGCUAUCUUCCAACGUCUUGGCAUACUUGAAACACUUGCUACCUGCCACUCUAGCCUCUUGGACUUCUUUGUAGAUGUAUACGCAGCCUAUGUAGAUGCACCAUACCACUCCUUCUAUCAUGCGGCAGAUGUCGUGAUCAUGCUGUACUACCUCUUGACAGAUCUCGGCGCGUUAGUACAUCUAUCCGCUCUCGACACCACGUCUCUCCUUCUUGCAACUCUCUGCCACGAUGUUGGUCACCCAGGAUACAAUAAUACUUACCAGGUCGGCUUCAAGACUGAUCUGGCCGCACAGUACAAGAACAUUUCAGUUCUCGAAUCUUAUUCGAUAGACAUCACUCGUCGUCUACUCACCAAACACGAUUUAUUAAAACACUCCAAACAGGUUUCGAUGGUGGAACGUAUCGAGCGACUGAUUCUGUCCACCGACAUGGUGUACCAUGAGCAGCUACAACAGCAGACCUCCAAUAGCAAUAGUCUCGAAAUCACAAUGAUGGACAGGGACGACCGUCAAGGUCUGUGCCGUGUGCUUCUGCAUGCUGCAGACAUAAGCAAUACAGUGCGCCCCUGGCCCAUUGCCAAACAAUGGUCGGAUCUCAUUGUCCAGGAAUUCUUUCGCCAGGGAGACGCCGAAAGGAGAGCGGGCUUGCCGGUGUCACCUGGGAUGGAUCGAGACCUGUCCAGCCAGGCCGACAUCAGCCUGGGAUUUGGUGACUUUGUAGUAAAGCCUUAUUUCGAAGCAAUUGCUGGUCUAUUACCAGCCGCUACUGUACUAGUCGACACCCUUAAAUCUAACCGGCGCCAGUGGGACAAUCUA